AUGAACACCACUGGAACUUUGGUUGGCUCUGACCAAGUCAUUGUGGCCUACUCAGAUGGUGAGAUCACCACUGGAGAGAUUUCUCAUGCUUUAUUCUAUGCCAAUUGCUGCUUGUUGGCCAUGCACCUGUAUGUGGACAAGAGCUUUGCCACUGCAAUCCCUGGAUAUGCAGAAACAUUCCACAUGCUCAUGAAAUGGGAAAUGGAGACCUUUGUAUCACCUUUUGUCAACAUAUCCUUCCUUAGCAGGUGCUCCACUGUCAUCCCAAAACUUCUUCAAGAUGUGCUUGCACUCAUGGUUGUACAUACAUUGGCUGACUGGCAACCGGAUGUGAAUGAGUUUCUGAGGGAUAUCAAAGCCUUGGCUCUCUCUGUGGAUUCCGCCGUAUCUGAUGAAUAUGACAUUGCACAUAUGCCAGACUACUUCAAUGCCUGGUGGAAGGAAAAUCUGGCCACUUGUAGGGUGUCAGACAUGUUGCCAAAGUCAUGUGUGCAAGAUGUGAUGGAGUUGGUGAAGGGACAUUUUUCAGAACUUCCUGAUCAUGUGGAGACUGGCCGCCUUCCAUAUAUGCUCGCCCAUGGACCGGUUCUUAACCCAGAGAUGAUCGGCUUGGCAUCUCUUGAGCAGUGCCGUCAGACAACAAUUGGGAGAGAGUUGUUGGAAAUAUUGCAGGAAAGGAUGAGAAACUUUUUGCAUUCCAGUAAUAGGUUGGCCGGAUUAGUUGGGCCUGUUGAUCAACUGACUAGGGCUGUGGCAUCCUCACAAUCACUCAUGGAUCGGUUGAAUUUAGAUGACGGUGCAUCCAUAUGGUCAAGCACUAUUUGA